GGUGUGAACUUGGCUGCAUAAAACUAUCUCUUACUCUCAUAGGUUAUGUUGAUGUCGUGAAGUGUCAAAUUGCUGACCCUAAACGUAGUUUAAGUGUAAAAAGAGUGAUUUGCGCAAGAACAGGCCCCUCAGAGGCGUAAAGCAAUGAUCAGUUUGAAAUGUAGGUGAUCCCCAGGCCUCACAAAUGCGUUCUUCGGUAAGUUACAUCCUUUCGAGUAGUACCAGCGAGCCAAACAUGUCUCACCCCGACUACGAACAAUACUCCCAUGACCACGCUGCUCUCCUGGUGCUCGUACGACACAUAGGCUCCCAACUAAAGCCCAAAACAUUCCAAAAAUUCCACGACCGUAUCGCCAAACUCACCUCAGUCCGCAUCACCGACUCGACGGGAAACGUCCGCACGAUUCUAGUCCGUUAUGUGAAGGAACACCCCGUUGAAAACAACGAUUGGGGCGACUUCCAAACCCACCGACGACUCUUAGGUCUCGUCUCUCUGGGAAAAUACGACUCCCAGCAAGAGCUCAAUGAAAUAUGCCGCGUCCACGAGAGUCUCAAAGUCAAAUACACCGGCACGUUAUUCGAUUCGCGCUGCAUUUUGUUCGGCCCCACGAAGGAGGCGAGCAGCUCGCCGGAAGACACCUCGAGCCCCAACACCGACAGCAGCAGCAGCGCCCCCGAGGAGAACAUCGAGAAGUUCACAACGCCUAGCAACUUCAAGACACGGGGGCUCUUCUACGACGAGAGCGCCCCGUGUGCUGACCUCGAAACCCAAAUAAUCGAAUUCAUCAAUUCGCUGUUUUGGGUGCUUGAGUCCAAACGACUCGAACGCUCGCGCGAAAAGCUCGAACGGGUCUCCCUCCUGCUCGCCCCCUUUGAGAAAAAGGACUUCGUGGGGCUCGACAUGGAGUCGCGCAACAACAAGAAAAAAUGCACAGGCCGGAUGACCAAACACUUGGGCGAUUUGUGUCUGCAAGCGGGGCUGCUGGCCGAAAGCCUGGUUUAUUACGGCAAUGCAGCCGAGACGUUGAAGAGUGUCAACGAUUGGUUGUGGCUGGGGGCCGCCUAUGAGGGUUUGUGUGCCGCUUCUGCUCUAGUUUUGUACCCCGAGAUGCAGCGAAGUGUGCAAUUGCAACGUAACGCCAGUUUGCAAGAGGGUUCCUCGCCGAAAAAAACAGUAGUCGCGAGUAAUCUUGACGUGGGGGCGAAGAAAGCCUCCGUGCCCAACACACUAGCCCCCGAGGAUAUCUCGAAGAGGUAUCGGGAGGCGAUUAUUCACUACAGCAAGUAUCAAAAUGCGGGGAUAGUCGAGACUGAGGCGAGUUUUAAGGCCGCCCGCAUCGCUGUUGAGCAAAACCACUCACUUCAAGCCGCCUCGUUUCUACAAAACGUGGUCUACAUCAAUUUAACGCUCUCAGAGCAGGAAAAAAUCCAGCGUUUUGAGACCUUGGCCGAACUUUAUACGCAAAUUGGUUUCACGCGUAAAGCCGCCUUCUGCCAACGGCUCGCCGCCACCAGAUACGUCUCGCCCCAAAAUCCCGCCCCCAAUUGGAACCGCUGCUAUAACCUCAUGCUCCACAGCCUUCCCGGCCAUCGCCUAUCUUUAGAUCCGGCCGAAAUGAGGGAGGUUGAACAAGGGUGGCCAAUUCUACAAAUUCAAUUGUUACAAGAACUGGUGGUGGCGGCGAAAAGAAUGGGGCAUUCGGCGUUGGCGACUCGCCACAUGACGUUUUUGUUGCAAACAAUGUGGCAGCAUUUGACGCCGACUGAGCAGAAAGAACUGGCGAUACAGUUACAAGCCUUAUCGGCGCAAUGUGAAGGGUCACCGGUGCCCUUGGUGUUGGACAGUGGCGUUGUUAUACCACCGGCCAACUUGACCAAUAUUCCACUUUGCCAUUCUUUUGUUUUGAGGAACUUGCAGCCCCAUUUACAGCCGCGGAAAAUACAGGCUGUAAAGCAGGACACGGGGCCGUUUUUGUUCACUCCAAUUCAUUUUGGGAGUUUGGAUCGGAGGAGCACAGCGAGUCAAACUAAAAUGGCAUUUUUGUGGGUGGAGAACGAGCCUUGCGAAGUCACCCUCAAGCUGUCCAACCCCCUGCCCUUCGAGUUGAAGGUUUCGGACAUGCGUUUGUUGACAUCAGGUGUCGUGUUUGAGUCACUCCCCGAAACUGUGGUUUUAUCACCGUCGGGGGCUCCCCCAUCUGUUACGACCCUCCAUGGCACGCCGCGCGAAAGCGAAGGCCAGCUCCAACUCCAAGGCUACAGCACGCACACCCUUGGCGUCAAAUCCAACUGUCGGUUGAGACACAUGAACGGGUUUCCACCCCAUUACGAGGUCGAAAUCGUCCCAUCCCUUCCCUUACUCGAGGUGAAAACAUCGCUCCCUCAAAGCGCCUCCUUCUCCUCAUUCCACGACUACGAAAACGUCGUAACCUCAGCCAGUGUGAGUCUCCACCACGGCGAAAGCGCCGAAUGCACAGUCACCAUCACAAAUAUCGGGCAUGUUGACGUGGAGAUGCUCGAAGUUUCGAUGCAGACGGUCCUGGAACCGGCCCUCCAAGAACAGAUGUUCACUUGGUCGCAGGAGAACCUCCUAAGUCAAUUGCCCCUAAAACCGAAUUGUUCGGCUAGUCUGACGUUGUAUUUGUACGCCGCUGGGAGUUUUCUCGUCCCGGGAGGCACAGGAAAUGAAUUCAGCAGUGGCGUUUUCAGUAGCAGUAUUUCAGGCCCGGGCUCGUUACCCUCGCGACUGAAUUCACCAACUAGUAGCAGUUUUCACAGAAAUGUUAAUUCGAGCUUUCGGUCCUCGAAUUCGGGCCAUUCGAGCAUGAGCGCCACUUUACAAAUCCCCCACUUGCCCAUAAACCAGCAAGCAUCGUCCGUUGUUGAGGGACAGUUGCAGAUACGGUACAGUGGGGGGCCAGGCUUGCAAGCGUCGUAUUGUCGGUGUUGUUCGGUUUUUUUGACGAUUGAGACGGUGCCCUCGCUGCAUGUUACCAACUGGGAUGUAUUACCGGCUGAGACGAACACUCAGUUUUAUUUAGUCUUGGAUGUGGCCAACUUGACGUCGCAAGAAAUGGAAUUACAGUACACCCCGUCCAAGACAAUGCUCAUAGAAGGGCACGAAAGUUGCAGAGUGCCUGUGCCGGUAAAGCGGUGCCCUUUAUCGAAGCUCGAAACCGGGGAAACCCUCGCAACUGGCGAAUUGGAUCGGAUUUGUUCGGAACACAUCGCCAAUCUUGUCGACUUGAGGUGGCACCUGCUUGGCACCGACACCAGAGGCAAAGCCUCCCUCAAAGGUCUCACCUUGACCAAUGAUAUGCUUGAUGAAGUGAGAAUGUCGCCGUUAUUAUGGGAAGUGACGAUAAAUAAUGAAACAGUCAGGCCGCAGGAGGAAGUCACGUGCGACGCUGGUGAUUGUUUAGAAAUGAAAAUAUUCGUGACGAAUAGUUUGGAUAAAGUUCUGAGUCAAUUACAAUUGUCAGUCCAGUUUUACCAAGAUUAUGAAAAUGGUACUCUAAAUUAUAGGAUGGAAACGAGGUUAGCGACAACCGGGACUACAAAGAAAAUGAUCAAGUCGUUGGAGCCCCAAGAAAAGGCGCAACAUGAGUGCAAUGUUAUUUUCUUCACUCCUGGACAGUAUAAAAUCGAUAUUCAGUGCUCAGCACCUGAUAAUUCGACCGCAGUUCCGUGUUUACCGCCAAGUGGGCACACCUGGAGGUUCACACCGCCUGUUAAUGUAACAGUCAGCUAAAUAAAUAUUAGUUUAUGCGAA